AUGAGAACUAAGCUAUUGCACGAUGUUGAUGCUGGUGAAGGUGCUAAACCAGUCGCGAAACAACUAAAACGAAAGGGGAAAGAGUUGUGUGAAGAUGACGAUUUUGUUGAAGAUUCCCCUAAAAUUCCAUAUGUUAAAAAACCCAAGGUCUCUCCUGCUUCAUCAAAACCAAAAAAGAAGAAACCCUCCAAAAAAGUACCAAAAUUGGUUGAGAAAAAGAUUUUGCUGAAGGGUGAAAAAUUGAAUUUUGGAUUGAGAGACUUUGGUUUGAUUACUGGUCUAAAUUGUGUGAAUAAGUUUUCAGACUAUGGUUACACUUCUACUUAUGUUAGCCAUCUAAUGAAUACCUAUUUUCCGAACAAAAAAAGGGUUGAGAAGUGGCAUUUGAAAAAUGUAGUAACAAAUAAAGCUUGGGAAAACGAUGAGCAUGCAGUGAAGUUGUGCAUUCUUUAUCUGUUGGAAUUUUUUGUUUGUCCUUCUGAUAAAGACCAUGUGUCUUUCAUAGACCAGUUUAGAUUCUAUCUGGUAGAGUCUGGUAAUUUUGAGUCAUACCCAUGGGGUAUUAAGUCCUUCAAUCAGGUUAUGGAAUCUGUCCGACAUCGUCUAAAUCCCCGUGUACAUUCUUAUCUCAUACGGGGAUGCUCAUUAGCCUUGCAAGUGUGGCUUUAUGAGUGUUGCUCCACCGUCAGCACUGAGCUUGCUAUGAGGUGUUCUAACUCAAUACCUCGCAUAUUAAGAUGGUCAGCUAAUAAGGGCCAGAUUUGGUUAACUGCAUUUGAAGAGAAGAUGAUCAAGCCUGAGUGGGUUAAGUUCACAAGCAUGACUGAAUCUGGAGAAGAGAUUGGAGUGCUUACUCUGCCAGACAAGAUUCAGUAUGAAGAUGAACAUGGUGCUCAAUCAUCACAGGUUCCAAUUGCUGGUUCUCCAACAUUUGAACCCAAACAUACAGAUUGUCAAGAGGACACUGAAUCUGUGGCUAGCAAGCUCAGGAAGCUGGAAAAGGGGAUUGAGCAGGUAAUAUAA